AUGCAGCUAUACGGUAUAGGAAAACAAUCUAUUCGGUUUUUGUCGGAUAAGGCUUCUAGGUUUGUUCCAAAAGGUGGAGUAUAUCCAAAAGGAUUCGAAGUAGGAGGAAUCCAUUGUGGUGUUAAAAAGGACGGUAAAUCGUUGGAUUUGGCAAUUUUGAAUAACACACACGGAAAAUCAGCGGUAGCUUCAGCAGUGUUCACGACGAAUAAAUUUAAGGCUGCACCUGUUCAGGUAUCGUCGAAGAUCGUCAAAGAGAAAAAGGGAGAAGAGAUCAAUUCAUUGGUGAUUAACAGUGGUAACGCCAAUGCGGUCACAGGUAGUCAGGGUAUGAAGGAUGCUCAAGAUAUGAUUACCGUUACUGAUGCUGCGUUGGGGAAUCCUACUAAUUCGACGUUGGUUAUGUCUACUGGGGUAAUUGGGAACAAUUUACCUAUCAGUAAGAUUUUAUCAGGAAUUCCCCAAUUAGCAGGUGAAAACUUGGGUAGUACUCAUGAACACUGGCUUAAAUGUGCGCAGGCAAUCUGUACUACUGAUACUUUUCCAAAGUUGGUCAGUAAGCUGUUUGAGCUUAACGGCCACACGUACACGUUGGCUGGUUUGGCAAAGGGAGCUGGUAUGAUAUGUCCAAAUAUGGCCACAUUGUUGGGUUUUUUUGUUACUGAUGCUCCUGUUACUGCAUCAGCUUUGGAUCAGAUUUUGAAGUUUGCUACGGACAGAUCGUUUAACAGUAUUUCAGUCGAUGGAGAUAUGUCUACCAACGAUACAAUUGUUGCCAUAGCCAAUGGUGCUGCAGGUGGUGAGCCAAUCGACAAUUCCUCUUCUAGUGCUGAAUCUUUUGGAAUAUUGCAGCGUGAAAUUACUGGAUUUGCUCAACAGUUAGCACAAUUGGUUGUUCGUGAUGGAGAAGGUGCUACCAAAUUCAUCACCAUCAGUGUAAAAGAUGCGUUGUCAUACGGCGAUGCUAAGAUUAUUGCGUCAUCUAUCGCAAACUCGUCAUUAUUUAAAACUGCGAUGUACGGUAAUGAUGCCAACUGGGGACGUAUUUUAUGUGCCAUUGGUUAUUCACAAGUGAGCUCGGGUGAUUCUAUCAACCCAGCUAAAACGAAUGUGUCGUUCAUUCCAUCCGACGGUUCACAGAAAUUAAAGUUACUAGUAAACGGUGAACCUGAAGUUGUAGAUGAGGAAAGAGCCUCGGAAAUUCUUUCUGUAGAGGAUAUCGAAGUUGAAAUCGACUUGGGUACUGGUGGUGGUCAAGAAUGUAAGUUUUGGACUUGUGAUUUAACCCACGAAUAUAUUGCCAUUAAUGGUGACUACAGAUCUUAA